GGAGGUGAUGCAUAUAAUCCCCCUAUAUAUACCUCAAUGUUUACAGCAAUAACCAUUAAUUGUAUUCGGCUAUAGUUCCUCAUCUUCCUGUUUCAAUUGCAUAUCACAAAUUCAAAUUCAGUGUGACACAUGGUUAUAACUUAUUAUCGUAAAAAAGAAACCGUUUCCUCCUCAUCCCAUUAUCAUGUCGCCGGAAAUGGCCAACACCACGUACCGGAGAAACCACUUCUUCCUACUUCUCCUCAUCGGAUUUAUCUCUUCCGUCAGCUCCGACGAACUUGAAUUCCUGUUGAAUCUCAAAACCGCUUUAGCGGAAUCUGAUACAAAAGUAUUUGAUUCAUGGAGAUCGGAUAAUUCGGUUUGUAACUUUACGGGAAUCACUUGUGAUGAUUCUGGAUCUUCGGUUAAGGAAAUCGACCUCUCGCAUCAGAAUCUUGCUGGUUCGAUUCCUUUUGAUUCGAUAUGUCAACUCCAAUCGUUGGAGAAGCUUGCCUUCGGUUUUAAUUAUUUGAAUGGAAGCGUUACAGAAGACCUCAACAAGUGCUCGAAGUUGACUUAUUUGGAUCUCGGAAACAAUAUCUUCUCCGGUCCUAUUCCUGAUAUAUCUUCCAUGAACGGACUUUUGUAUCUCUACGUCAAUAACAGCGGAUUUUCAGGAACUUUCCCGUGGAGUUCACUGGAAAAUAUGACGAAGUUGGUUGUUCUAAGCAUCGGAGACAAUCUGUUUGAUCAAACUCCGUUCCCGAAACAAGUUUUGAAACUGCUAAAUUUGAAUUGGUUGUACAUGGCGAAUUGUAGCAUCGGAGGUGAGAUUCCGGCUGGUAUUGGGGAUCUUAAGGAGCUUAUUAACUUCGAGAUUUCGUCCAAUUAUAUUACCGGAGAGAUUCCAAAGGAAAUCAGCAAGCUAGUGAAGCUAUGGAUGCUUCAGCUUUGGGCCAACAACCUGACCGGAACACUUCCGGUGGGAUUACGUAACUUAACGAAUCUCCAGUUCUUCGAUGCUUCCACCAACUAUCUCGAAGGUGAUCUCUCUGAGAUAAGGUAUCUGAAUAAGCUUAAGAGCUUACAAUUGUUUGAAAAUGAGUUAUCGGGAGAGAUUCCGCCGGAGCUAGGCGAGUUCAAGCAACUGGUGAACUUGUCUUUGUAUCGGAAUCAGCUCACUGGGAAACUUCCUCCGCAACUCGGCUCCUUGUCUGACUUCAACUUCAUUGACGUGUCGGAAAACUUCCUCUCCGGACAAAUUCCUCCCAACAUGUGCAAGAACGGGAAGAUGACGGAGCUCCUUAUCCUUCAAAACAAUUUCACUGGCGAAAUUCCGGCGAGUUAUUCUGACUGUAAGACGCUGACACGGUUUCGAGUGAGCAACAACAUGCUUUCCGGUGUUGUACCUAGUGGAAUAUGGGGGCUUCCUAAUGCUGAGAUCAUUGAUAUUGCCACGAACGAUUUGGAAGGAGGCAUUACAUCGGACAUCGCGAAUGCAAAAACAUUGGCGCAGAUAUUCGCUACUCACAAUCGAUUAUCCGGCGAAUUGCCACCGGAGAUUUCAAAGGCUACAUCCUUAAACAUGAUCGACUUAAGUCACAACCAAUUUUCCGGCAAAGUCCCAGCAACCAUUGGAGAAUUAACCCAACUGACCAGCCUUCAUUUUGAUAACAACAAGUUCUCCGGCGAGAUUCCAAAAUCGUUACAUUCAUGUGCUUCGCUAACAGACAUAAACAUGGCGUAUAAUUCAUUUUCCGGCCAAAUCCCAGCAGCUUUAGGGUGGUUACCGACGCUUAACUCGUUAAAUCUAUCCUGUAAUCAACUCUCCGGUCAAAUUCCAUCUAGCUUAUCAUCUCCGAGGCUAAGUCUUUUAGACCUAUCCCACAAUAAGUUAGCCGGCGCAAUACCAGAAUCUCUCUCUAUCGAGGCCUACAAUGGAAGCUUCGCCGGAAAUCCUGGUCUUUGCAGCCAAAAAGUGAGCUAUUUCCGGCGAUGUUCUUCAGAUUCCCGUGGCACGUCUAGCGUACUCCGGACAGCAAUCACUUGCUUCUCAAUUGCCUCAGCUAUUGUUCUCGUUUUCCUUGCAUACUUCUGUUACUUGAAGAACAAAAAUCAAAAGGAUGAUCAAUCUCGUUCGUUGAAAGAGGAUUCAUGGAAUGUAAAAUCAUUUCAUGUAUUAGGCUUCGUGGAAGAUGACAUUCUUGAUUCGAUUAAAGAACAGAAUUUGAUCGGAAAGGGCGGUUCCGGCCAAGUCUACCGCGCGUCAUUAAAAAACGGGGUGGAAUUGGCGGUAAAACACAUCCGGAAUUCCGAUUCCGUUCACCGGAAAAGAAAGCAUUCCGGCAAACAAGAUUCGUCGGAAUUCGAUACGGAGGUGGAAACAUUAAGCUCGAUAAGACAUGUAAAUGUUGUGAAAUUGUAUUGUAGUAUUACAAGUGAGGAAUCGAACUUAUUGGUGUAUGAGUAUCUGCCUAAUGGAAGCCUUUGGGAUCGGUUACACACGAGUAAGAAACUCGGACUUGAUUGGGAAACAAGAUACGGGAUAGCUGUUGGAGCUGCAAAAGGUUUAGAGUAUUUGCAUCACGGAUGUGAAAAACCAGUGAUUCAUAGAGAUGUCAAGUCAAGUAAUAUACUCUUGGAUGAGCAUUUGAAGCCAAGAAUUGCGGAUUUUGGACUUGCAAAGAUUGUUCAAACCGAUUCCACUCAUGGUUCUACUCAUGUGAUCGCUGGAACACAUGGUUACAUCGCUCCCGAAUACGGGUACACGUACAAAGUGAACGAAAAAAGCGAUGUGUACAGCUUUGGAGUAGUGUUAAUGGAGCUUGUGACCGGUAAAAAACCUAUGGAGUCUGAAUAUGGUGAAAAUAAGGAUAUAGUGUAUUGGGUAUGCAGUAAAUUGAAGAACAAAGAAACCGUGUUAAGUCUUGUUGAUUCAAGUAUCCCCGAUCUUUACAAAGAGGAUACCAUAAAGGUAUUGAAGAUCGCGAUUUUGUGCACAUCAAGGCUUCCGGCACUUAGGCCAACCAUGAGAACAGUCGUUAAGAUGUUGGAGGAAGCCGAACCAUGUAAAUUAGUAAGUAUAAUCAUCACUAAAGAUGAUGAUGGUAAGAAAAAGAAUGAUAAAAUUUUGUUUUAAUAUAUGAAUGUAGGAAACAAGUUGGUACACUAGUGUAUGAUAACAAAAAUGUCAAAUGUAUCUAUCUAGAGGCAGACACCUUUUUGUAACAUAAUGCCUUUUUUCUUAAAAUCAUAUCAAUCAUGUGCGUUUUUACUUUUUA